UUCUUUUGGGCCUAAGAGGCACUAUAUCUUCAUUUUCAAGAUGGAGGUUUUCGAUAGGAGCAGCUGGUCUUCUUAUCUGACUUCUUGGUUAUAUUUAUUGGUCGUUACGCUCUUAAUUUUGGUCCAAUGUUGGGCUGAAGAUGUGGUGAAUAACCAGAAAUUCAAAAUUGACGGAAAGGUCACCAUCCCCUCAAACGUUGAGCGAGAAUGGGUCUCCUCAACCCGUGUGACGGUAGACGGUGGACAGUACAUCGGGUUUUUAAAGUCUGAUGGGACUUUCUCUGUACACCUACCAUCUGGUUCCUACGUGUUGGAAGUAUUGAACCCAAACCAUGUAUUUGAACCAGUUAGGGUGGAUGUGACAUCAAAAGGCAAAAUACGUGGAAGGCGGGUAAAUAAUGUGCAAAGUUCUCAAGUGCAGCAAGUCCCAUACCCCUUGAGGUUCAAAGCUAAGGGUAAAGCAUCCUACUACAUGCCCAGAGAACAAUGGAGGGUAACAGAUCUCCUGAUGAAUCCAAUGGUGCUUAUGAUGGUAUUACCUUUGAUAUUCAUAGUAAUUCUUCCAAAGUUAGUAAAUACAAAUGAUCCAGAGACACAGAAGGAAAUGGCCAACCAGAUGAACUUCUUAAAACCCAAUAACCAGCUGCCUGAUUUAUCAGAAGCAUUAGCAGGAUUUUUUGGUGGAGGCAGUUCUUCAAAAAAGACUACCAAAUCAAAAUCAAAGAAACUGAAAUCUCAGUGAGAUGCUCAUACAAGGAACAACUGAAUAUGCCUGUAGCUGAUGCCAUUAUGAAAUGGUAUUAGUAGGUGAAAAUACCAGUGGAUAUGAAAAUACAUUGACCUAAGUCACCUCACAGUAAAAAUUACAAGGAAAAGAUUCAAUAUUUAUUUAUUUAAAUUAUGGGUCUCCUCUCACAGGUGUGUUGAAAUACACCACACCUUGGCCUAAGCAUGUAAUGUUAUAAAGAAUGAACACUAUUAAAUAUGAAAGUCAGUUAAAUGGUUGAAUAAAUAACUUUAAUGUAAAGUGAUGUUCUUAUAAUUUUGUUAUAAAUCUUUUUUACAAGUGUCAUCAUAUUUAUAUUGCAAAGAAACAUUGUUGCUCACAGUUGUUUCUUUUUUAUGCUCCAUUUGAAAUAUAAGUUUAAAAUAUUUAAUGUGAUGUAAUAUUGCAAAACCUUUUAGUCAGUUGAGGUAGGAUCUUCCCUCACUGCCUUAGAUAUUUUUAAUGUCCUUGACAGCUUAUGUAGGUGAUGUAAAAAUCAUGAUUCGUGAUAUUUUAAUAUCACCCUUAUGAAAAGAAAUACAAAAUAAGAAGCAGUGAAACAUGGCAGUUCUAUAUAGAACUAUGAGAAACUGAAUAUCACUUUUAAAAAUAUGUUCAAGCAUAUAUCCUGUAAUAGUUUGACCUGAUAAUGUAGCUUCAUUGUCAAGUAUUAUUUAUAAUUGUGAAUCUUGUAUUUUUUUUUCAUUUAAGUCAAUUCGUACUAAAUCUGAAGUGGUAUUUUUUACACUGGAUUUUCUCUGACAUGGAAACGUUUGACUGCCUCCCUAAUGAUGUGCUCUGGAUGUUGUUUUUUAAAUUAUUAUUAUUAUUUAGACCAGCAUGCCCUUUAUUAUAUAACAAAAUUAACUAGGCUGAUACAAAUGGGAACACUGAUAAGCCUCUGUAAACGUGAUUUUGUUUUAAAAUCUCUUCUUCAGUGUAUGAUUUCAGAAGAUACGGGCCUGUCAUAAUUUGUUUUUGCCCUAACACAAGAUAAUACCCUGGUAUUUCUAUGAAAUUUUUUGAUACCAAAUAAAAGAAUAAAAUCAUGUUUCAUUUUAUA